AUGUCAGCGUCCCUGCGAAUUAGGAUUCCUCCACAGAAACCAUCAACAUCCACUGUUGCGGACGACAUGGAGGUUUCCGAACAGGCUAAACGCAAGCGUAGACCUUCCAAGAAAUACCAGGACGCCGAAGAGACGAGGGUUAAACCCGGACGAACCGCAGGAGAUGAGAAGUCACGCCGACCGAGUAAUGCGGGACGUGCUCCUUCACCUGGUGUUAAGGACGAAGAAGCGGACGUCGAUGUGCUAGCUGAUGCAAACGAGGAAGGCGAGGAUGAGGUAGCCGACUAUCGCUCUGACCAUUCUGCGUACCGCACCACGCCAGCCAGCACAAGCCAGAAAUCCAAGUCAAAGAAUGCGGUGGACAAACAACCUCGGCGUAAGAAAGCUAGGAGAAUGGUUGUUUCAGAAUCAGAAGACGAAGACUUCAAAGCUGCGGUGGAGGAGGAAGAGGAGGAAGUACCCGUUGAACCAGAUGCGGAAGAUGAUGAUGAUGACUACCUCUCAUUCGAUGACAAGCCUUCAAAAACAACAAAGGGCAAAGCGAAGGGGAACCAGGGAAAAGCGGCCAAUUCCAAUAAGGGGAUAAAGAGGAAGGCUAAACCGCACCCUGACGACAUCGCGGUUGAAAGCAAAGGGUCUUCAAUACCGGCUUCGACAAGCAAGAAGAGGCUCAGAACGUCCCAGAAGUUUGAUGACAUCGACGUUGAUGUUGUCGGAGGAGUCGUUAGUCCAGAAGCAUCUGCCGCCGUAGAUCACGCUAGCCCCUCCACUACCAAACAUGACUCUCCUCUCCCCACUGUACCCCCCAAGAAACCCAAAUUGCCUACCAUAAAGAAAACUAAACUUAACCCUCCUGGCCCUAAUACUCCUGCUUCUACGAGCGCACCUGCCAAAAACUUCUCAUUGGAUCACACCGGCGCCAAAGGGCCCACAAUUGAAGAACGAAAGAAACUGAGUUUGAGGCAAACUGAUAUUGAUCUGUCCAACAGUGCUGUCUACAAAGAAUUGUUCUUGAAACCGGGCUCUGUGGACGGAACUCCGAGACGUGCAAAGGAAGAAGAACGACGAAAGGAAUUGAAUAAAAUGAGAGAUGAAUUUAAAGCAAAGCGAGCCAUUGAAUCGACACACUCUUUCGACCUGCAAGCACAAUUCGAUAAGAUAUCCCAAUUCGAGGAGAAACUAAGAGCUGAACGCAGCUCGGCUUUAUACCCUAAUUUCCUUGCCGCCAAGUGGAGGGAAAAGUUUGAGAAAGAAAGGAAGAGGCAGAGGGACUGGGCAUAUGCAAUUUCUACGAAUGGUCUGAAGGAGGAGGGUGAGGUGUCUUGA